AUGCACAACCUUAUGCCGUCUCGGUCAUUGCGCGCUCUGGCCAGUUUGAGCUCAAAGCAGCCAUUGAGGCAAGCCUCUCGGGCGGCUUGCACCCGCCACGUCCACCAAUCCGUCCGCAUCCCCCCCAUUACCUCGUCGCAGUCUCGUCGCCGGCCCAUUCUACGGCCGGGACAGCAAAGCACAACCUCGAUACCCUCCGCAAGCCGUUCAAUCUAUAUCCAGACACAGCCAACGCCCAAUGCGUCGGCGUUGAAGUUUCUCCCCAACCACCCUGUCCUGCCCGAAGGCUUCCCAUCCACGUUUCUGGAAUACAACUCGCCCCGGUCGACACUGGCUGCUCCGCACCCGUCGCCCCUCGCGGCAAGGCUCCUCGACGUCGACGGCGUUUCAUCGGUCUUCUACGGCCCUGAUUUCAUUACAGUCACCAAAGCAGAGGAUGUCAACUGGACGCACAUCAAGCCCGAGAUCUUCGCGUUGAUUACUGAGGCCAUAACAUCGGGCGAAGCACUUGUGAAUACAGUGGAAAAGUCUACGUCUGCGGAAGAAGGACAAGGAGGCCUCGGCGAGGACUCUCUGGCUCCCAACGACGAGGAUGACGAGGUGGUGGCCAUGAUCAAAGAGUUGCUGGAGACGCGCAUUCGACCAGCGAUCCAAGAAGACGGCGGAGACAUUGAGUUUCGCGGCUUUGAGAAUGGGAUGGUGAAUUUGAAACUGCGGGGAGCGUGCCGAACAUGCGACUCCAGCACAGUUACGUUGAAGAAUGGUAUCGAGUCGAUGCUGAUGCAUUACAUUGAGGAGGUCAAGGGCGUAAACCAGGUGCUGGACGAAGAGGAAGAGAUUGCCAUGAAGGAGUUUGCCAGGUUCGAGGAGAAAUUGCGACAACCCAAGGGACCGGAUGCGGCUCCAUCAACCGUGGGUAAAGGCAGUCUCGAUUUUGUCGAAUGA